GGGCAAGAUAGCAACAGCUGAGACCUCCCUCCCUGUCUACAGCGGUGCACCAGAGCGCAAAGCCGUGCUACUGGGACACAUUGUGGCCACCAGAUCGACAAAUCCAGCCGUGACGGAUGCCGACAUGGAAAUCCCUACCUCUGAAUCCCCGGAUGCUGGGCACAGGGAAGAGGGCCGGACGAUCUGCAUUCACUCUCUCGCUGUGCUGCCCGAGUAUCAGAAGCGGGGGCUGGGGAAGACGCUGAUGAAGGCUUACAUUCAGCGGAUGGAGAAUGGAGGAGGAGGAAGUGGAGAUCGACGUGCUCGAGUAGUCGACCCGUGGUUGAAUGUUUGAGAGCUCCAGCGUGGCGUCGUUCCAUCCCUUUUCAUCGAAAGGAGAUGUUGUAACCGUGUCAUCCAGUCGGCAGGUACUAUCAUCCCCGACCAGAGCAUCUUCAUCAGCGCGGACAUCCGCUUCGAACUUCUACACAAUUCAGCCUGUUCGCUCUCACAGCAUCGUUCAUAUCGCAAACUUGCUACUCCAUUCUCUCGCUUUACCAUCCGUUCAAAGACACUCAAUCGAUAACUGCAGUCGCUAUGUACCGCCGCUUUUCAUUCCCGCCAGCACCCCUCUCCACCACUCCACCCGAAUCCACCUCCAGCACCAGUCCUUCCGAAUCCAUCUUCAGCCACUCCUCCUUCCCAACCUUCACCGAACGCGCAAGCAGCAUCACCUGGUCCGUCGGCGCCUAGGAGCAAUUCGACGACCUCUUCGCCGCCAUCCGCGCCGCUUGGUUCUCCGGCACGGCCGACGAGGACGAUCUUCGCUUCGCGUGGGAAGUUCUCGUCGAGAGGUUGUUGCUGGAGCAGGCGGAUGAGGAUGUGAGACUCGGUGGUGAACUAGCGUCGCGCGUUUUGGACGGGGGAAUUGCGCCUACGGUCGAGGAGGCUGUGAGGACACUA